UGCACUAAAUUGUGUAUAUUUCAGAAUAUACAAUUGGGGAUGGGGCAAACUGAGAUGAGAGACGGCAGUAUAUGCUAGUUGGACUGGACGGUUUCUGGUUUCAGCAGCUUUACUGGGUGCUUCACUGACCAUAUCCACGAGAUACUGAUCAUAUGGAAACUGACCCAUACACCCACUGUCCCAAGUACCAAUCUCGUGGGUUCGCCACCAAGCUCUUUAAUGAGCAGUUUGUGUCGAUCCAACCCGAAGAAUACAUCCAGUUUUUGGCGGUCAAUGACGAGGAAUCCAAUGCCAUUAGAGAAUAUUACAUGGAUCUUUUCCAGUGGGACCCCAACUUGUUGAAGAGUACGCGGCUGUUGUGCGCCAAGUUGUACUUGAAAGGAGAGUCCCAGGAGAUCGAUCGGAUCUUAACCAGCUUCACCCAGAGCUAUAUCAAGCAGAACCCCGUCAAUGUUUUUUGCACCAAGAACUUUGAAAAUAUCUAUAUCGUGUUAUACAGCUUGAUUUUGUUGAACACCUCCUUGCACAACGCUGAGGUCAACAAGAAGUCCAAGAUCAGUCAGAGUGACUACAUUCGUAACACUUUUACUACCUUCAUUCAACAAGACCCCAAGUUGCUGAAGAAAUUGUCCAUCAAACAGAGAAUCACCAUCGAGCGGGAGUUGGGCAAUUACUACGAGGACUUGCUGAAGAACGAGUUGCACUUGAAGACUAAUGUGGAUGACAAGCUCGCCCGGAUUCAGCCCAUUACUAAGGAUCUGUCCAAGGGUGUAGCCACUACGGAUGAGAAAAUCCCCAACUCUUCCUCCACCGACAAGAUUGACGACUUGAACUUGUCGAGACAGGUAUCAGGCUCGUCCAUCUGGUCUAGUGAUACCAAUAAGAGGAACUCGUUGAGCAUGAAACGGAUGUCGAGUGCCACUUCUUCUAUUUCGCAGUUCACCAUCACCAAUGGAUCUAGAAACAAUAACCGUGUAGGGUUCACCCGAGCCUUGGUGUCGGACCAGAACCAGCGGUUCUAUCAACAGGGCAACUCGUCCAUGGUUUCGAAUGGUACCUAUGGCACCGUGAGAAAUAGACAGUCCAUUCGUGGAAUCAAUGGGUCUGGUCUCAAUGGUGCUGCCGUGAACAGGUCAUCCCGAGCCUCCAUCGUGUCACGAGAGUCGUUGGCCACCAACAACGACGACUCGAUGUCGGUGGUGUCGUUUGAGUCGGCAGAUUUGGAUAAAAUUAACUUGGUCGACCCGCAACAGCAGCAGCAGCAGGUGACCCAAUUGGAAAACUUCAACGUUGACCAGUUCCAGGACAACUUCGAUUUGACAUUGGAGUUACAAGGGUCGCCUUACUUGAAGGAAGGGUUAUUAAAGUUGAAAAUCCUUAAUAACGACCAGCAGGACAAUAACUUGCCUGAUAGUACCAUCAGCUCGGGAACUUCUAGUGUAUCAACUGCCUCCUCCACCAGCUCCCGAUUCUUUUCGUUCUUUUCAAGGUCUUCCAGAGGCAACAACAGCGAGUCGAGCAGCUUGAAUGCUACAUCUAACAGUGUGUUGAACAACAAGUUUGUGGAGUAUUUCGUUGUUGUGUCCAAGGGAGAGAUGAACUUGUACUCAUUUGAUCCCAAGGUCGUCAAGAGACAUCAGCAGAAGUUGAAGAAGUUCAAGCAGAAACAGCAGAAGAACUUGAUCAAUCUCGAUUUCUUGAAUGACGAUGACGAUAUAAGUACCUUCAACGACUCUACUGAAGAUGUAGGGGAUGGGAACUGGUUGAAGAAUGCCGCCAACGUCGGUAACUACAACUUGUGUUCGGCCUUUUCCCAGUUGGAGAAGUCUUCUCUCUACAUAAAGAAGACCUCUGGGUAUAUUUUCACCUUGACGUUCCCUAAGACCAGCAAGAAGCCUAAUAAGAAGUUUGUGUUUGAAGCCGGAACUAAGGAAAUCGCCUUGGAGUUCAUAAAUACUUGUAACUUCUGGGCUUCCAAGAUCACUGCCAUCCCCACGUUUGAAGAAAGUGUUUCCUCAAUUGAGUACGGAUGGAACGAUUUGGACCAGUUGAUUGGAAACAAGGCUAACUUCAAAAAGCUCAAAAGUAUCCAAAAAUGGGAGCCAUUGCCUCAGGGACUUUACUUAUCAACAUACAACUAUGACACGUCCGAAAACCACUACAAUAUGAUGAAGCAGUUCAUCAAGACGUUGAACUACUACCACAACUUGAAGAAACUCUUCAAAGAGUUCAACGAGUUGCGAAUUAAGUUCAUCAAGAACUUCAGUCUGCAAGCUAGCUCGUCCAAUUUUCUUCGAAUUCAAGCCAACUACGAGUCGAAGUUGUUGGACUACAAGUUUGAGUUAAAGAAGUACAAGAACUACUUGAUCAUCUUGGGGUUUGCUUUGCAAUUAAGAUUCGACUUGGAGGAUGAAGAAAAGGACCGUGAACAGCUUGAAAUAGAUUUGGAAAAGGACAGUGAUAACGUCGAAUUUUCUGAUACUGUCAACGAUACUACCGUCAUUGCGAGCCUGAAGAGUAGUUCAGACAAUAGUAAUGAUGACGUUGACGAAGAAGAUAACGAUGAGGAAAGUGAGUUGUCAAGAUUGGUCAAGUACGAGAUUCGCAAGUUGUUCAUUGGAUUGAAGGACGUGGGUAAAAUCAUUCCUACUUUCCAAACGUCCAAGUCCAUUUCCAACUUAAACGAGCUCCAAAGCCAGAUCCCCAAUUUGACUGCCAGUGACUUCAACAACUCGUUCUCGUUGGUAAAGUCUCCAAAAACCUACACGUUAUCCAACUAUAAGGAUAAUGAGAGUCCGAUCAACCAGUUGUUGCAGUCACAAAAACCCAAGGAAAUCGUGCACAGCUUUAGCCACAACACCAUCAAGGAAGAGGACGAACCUGAAGCCAACUAACCAUUUUGUAUAAAUUAAUGUAAUAAGUGUAGUAGUAUAA